GGUGUUGUGCGCGCGCGCGCCCUGGGGCGGCAGGCUGCGGCGACUGCGUGGGCAGUGCGGCUGUCGGCGCUGUCGGGGCCAUGUCGGGCGGCCCGGCGCGGCAGGAGGAUGGGGAGAGCGCGGCGCUGCGCCACAAGGAGGAGCUGAGCCGGCGGAUUAAAGAGCAGAAGGUUGUAGUCGAUGAGCUUUCUAACUUGAAGAAGAACCGGAAAGUUUAUAAACAGCAACCCAAUAGCAACAUAUUCUUCCUUGCAGACCGGACAGAAAUGCUGUCUCAGUGCAAAAAUACAUUAGAUGAAUUAAAGAAGGCACAUCAGGAGCUGGAAAAUUCGGAAAAGGCUAAAAUCAAGAAGUAGUUGAUGUGAAUUCCCUGUUGCAAUGUGUGGUAUUUGCUGUGUUGUUACCUUGUGCAGCCAGCAUGCGAUUCAUGAUUUUCUCAGUGAAGACAUCCUCUGCCAUCUAAGAAGAAGAGGACCAGACAGUAGCCAACAGUUGAUAAAAACUGUGUCUGAUCUCUCCUAUGAAUGUCUGUUUUCAGGCCAUGUACUUCACUUGAGGGGACUGGUGACUCCUCAGCCUCUGGAAGAUGCCAGUAACAAUGUUUUUCUUUGGAACGGAGAAAUUUUUAGUGGAGUGCAUGUAGGAAAUCUAGAGAAUGACACUGAAGUAAUGUUUCAUCAUCUGGCUUCAUGCAGCAGUGAAAUGGACAUUCUGUCACUCUUCUCAUCGCUUCAGGGUCCCUGGUCUUUUAUUUAUUAUGAAGCACCCAGACACAGUUUAUGGUUUGGCAGAGAUUACUUUGGUCGUCGCAGUCUGCUUUGGCAAUUCAGUAAUGAAGAUGACAGUGCUUUCUGUCUCACAUCUGUAAGUGGUUAUUCUGAAUCAGGCAAACAAUGGCAGGAAGUCCCAGCAUCUGGAAUUUUCAAAAUUGAUCUCAAAGCUUGUGCAGCAACUAAAUCUUUGUCUUUAACGUUGUUUCCAUGGAAGUACAGCUGCAAAGAAAAAGCAGUAGAAGGAACAUGCAUUAAUGUUCUUGACCAAGUGUCAAAAGACUUACCAAACCACAUACAUCUCGUGGUGAAUGAAUCAAAGCCGUGUCUUAGAGCACCAGUUACCCCCUUAAAUAAAACAGUUUCUAAAGCUUC